AUGUCAAGCUCCAACAACGUUCUCGUGCUUAUCCGACAUGGUCAAAGUGAAUGGAAUAAGCAAAACCUGUUCACUGGCUUCAAAAACCCCCCGUUGACUCCUGAUGGAGAGGAUGAGGCCAAGCGGGCUGCCAUGAAACUAAAGGAACUUGGAUUCGUCUUUGAUUGUGCAUACACCUCCGCCUUACAACGUGCUCAAGCGACCCUCGACCUCAUUCUCGGGGUGGUAGACCAAAAGAGCAUCCCGAUCGAGAAGGAUAUGGCCCUUAACGAGCGCGACUACGGCGAUCUGAGCGGCUUGAACAAGGAUGAUGCUCGUGCUAAGUGGGGUGGAGACCAGGUCCACAUCUGGAGACGUAGCUACGAUGUCCCUCCACCCAAUGGCGAGAGUUUGGAAAUGACCGCGAAACGAACCUUACCCUACUACAAUGCUCACAUCAAGCCUAAAGUUCUAGAGGGAAAGACGGUCUUAGUGGCUGCUCACGGAAACUCUCUUCGCUCGAUCAUCAUGCAGCUAGAGGGCCUCACCGGCGACGAGAUCGUCAAGAAGGAGCUGGACACUGCCGUCCCAAUCAUUUACGAGCUGGACUCUGAAGGCAAAGUACUCAAGUGCACCGUCGUUAAGGUACCCAAAAAAGAAGAUUGA